CAGGAAUACAGCCACUCGUACAAUCUGCGUGUAGUUGCUUCUUUCCUCUCACUCUCACUCACUGUCUCUGAUGAUCGCAUUGGCCACAGAAGUAAAAAGCGCAGGCCAGCGAGUCUCCCGUGUGCACCAGCACCAGCCUAUUAUCCACUCCAGCUAUCACUAUUCAUAGAUCUUCCAUCCCUCGCCCCUUCAUCGUAAUUUAUCUCUCCUUCUCUUGCCCAUGCCCAAGCACAUGCCCAUGCAUAAACACUCCAAACAACCUCCAACUCUUCUCUCUUUGCCUUGCAUCUUUCUCGGAUCCUGAGUUCUUGACGAUCCAUUAUCAUUCCAACUCACCUCCAUCUUCACCCCUUUCCGUUUUCUGCUUUCCGCUCUGAGAUACCCCAAGCAUCAGCAUCGAUUUCUUUCUUUUCUCCUCUGGAGCCCUCGCUUUGGAUCUCGCUUUGGAUCGAUCUCUCUCUUUCUCUCUCUCCCAAGACCAAGAUUUCUAUUGCCACCUCAGCCCUUCUAUAUUCUACCUCUGACAUUCUACAAUCAUCCCGCCGCUUCAUUGCGCCUGUCACCUAAAAGCUCUUUGAACGGCCUCUCUCUCUUGUCGCAAAAUCUGGCUCCUCUCUGCAUUGUCGACUUGCCGACAUCUACGCCUUUAUAUAGCCAGUAUCCCGGUUGGCGCUCCACGUUUCUUCUCCUUCAGCCUCAUUUACCACCCCCCUCACCCUCAUCCCACCCCACCACACCCCACCUCCAGCCUCUCGCACUUUUGCGAGUCUCACUCACCCUGGAUCGACUGCGUGCCUUUCGUAGGCGCCACGAGUCUCCUUCAAACACUCCAAACUUAGCCAUCGCAAUACCUCAACCUGAUUCAACCACCCCCAGAGGAAGAUCGCCUGGUUGGAGAGGCAAGAUGGAACGUCUUCGCUCAUCCACGAAGCGUGCUCACUCAGCAACCCCUCCACCGGAAGAAGCAGAUGGUGUUUCCCAAAUCGACGGAACUUGCAUGGGUAAACCAAAUGGUGCAGAGGAUGCAGUUCCUCCUGCAAAAGCUGCCAAGCCUGAUAGCGGCGAUAGAAAAACUACUUCCGCUGCUGAUGCGGCUCCAGCCGAGGACCGAUCACCUGAAAUCCCCGCCUUUUUGCAACUCUCAGAAAGCGGUAGGUGCCAAUCCCAAUGCUUGACCGGCGUCGAGUUCCAGCUAAUGAGGGACAGAGAUUAGAAGCAAGUAUGAAGAGCUGGUUCGUCUUGAAAGUAUGCGUCUUGCUGCAGGAGGUAACGAUCCGGAGUGGGGUCGCUUAGAUCCAGAUCCGCUUCUUGAUCGUUAUAACAAUAUCUACCCUUGGGCUUACAAUCGUAUCAAGCUCAAGGUCCCAGAGGGUGUUAACGAUUACAUCAAUGCAUCACCUAUCAGUUUGAUCUCUACUACCGGCACGCAAAGUACUCUAAAGAAAGGUAUUCAAGCCAAGUAUAUUUGUAUGCAAGGCCCCAAGAUACAGACAGUUAAUCAUGUCUGGCAUAUGGUUUGGCAUGAGUUGGCAACCCCGAACAAUUCUUCUCCUGCAAUCAUCAUCAUGUUGAGCCCGACCCACGGUCCAGAUCCAUCAAAUACCAAGACCAUGGAGAAAUGUUACCCUUACUUUCCCGAAAAAGAAGGGGAUGAAUUCGUCCUCAAUGAAAAGAAUGAGCUCGGAGAUGAAUUCCAUGGAAAGGUUACCUUUGUUUCCAGAGAACCUGAUAUUCCCGGAACACAAAUUGAGGUCCGACAAUUCGUCAUGACGGUCGACGGCCAAGAUGAGGAAAAGCCCGUUUGGCACUACUUGUACCCCAACUGGCCUGAUUUUGGUGCUUUGGAAGAGAGCAAUGUGGCAAGCCUCCUCUCAUUGAUGGAGAUUUCUCGCAAGGCCAAUGGCGGCGGCGAGAAUCCUCGUCUGGUCCACUGCAGUGCUGGUGUUGGACGAACCGGUACUUUUGUUGCGUCGGAGUUCUUGAUGGGCGAGCUCCACGAUCGAGUUUGGGAGAAAUGGGAGUCGGAACAUCCUGGCAAAGAUCCGAUUUUUGAGACGGUCAACCGGUUGCGUGAGCAGAGGAAGACGAUGGUGCAGGCUUAUGAGCAAUAUGCGUUCUUGUAUGAGGUAUUGGGGAAGCUUUGGAGGGAUAAGUAUAGUGCUCCUUGUGUUGGGGGUUAGUUACAUGUAUCAUGGGGGCCUCGUCAAGCGAGAGCUUUGGGACGAGUUGAUAGAGGUCGUUGAUGGUACGAUCAUGAAUGAUUGUAUGGGUUGCGAUGUGCGUGGGAGGAAGAAAAUCCGAAUCUUUUUUUCUUUUCGUUUUUCGACCUACUACUCGUAGUCUGAAAAUCAAAUCCUCGGUAUGAAAAGAAGGGCAUUGACACUUGAAUGCAGUUCAACACGGGCGAAUAGAUCGUUUGUGUCGGUUUUUUUUUUGAUUUUUUUUUGAAGAAAUACCAAAUUGGUGUCUGAGGGCAAGUGUGAUUUUAUGAGGAAUGAAAUAUGUAUACCUUAAUCCUG